AGAGUAGCAGGUGACUGGGAUGCGUAACUCAACGUAACAUUGUUGGGCAGACGUCCAGGGUAGAUUGGACGCUGUUUUUUUCAGGGUUAAAAUACUCUUGACGGUAGUCUAGAAGUCAGCAUGGCCUCACUUGUAAAGUACCGUAAUUAUGUUUAACCCGGACGGUCCCUCUUCCUCUCAGUGACGCGCCCCGCCCCCUCCUCGCUCCCCGCAGCCAGGCAGCACGCCCACCGCACCGAGCGAGCCCAGCCGUCGGUAACGGAGAAGAUGGCAGAGCGGCAACAACAGAAACACGAAGGACGAGUAAAGAUCGGCCAUUACAUCCUCGGAGACACACUCGGAGUGGGAACCUUCGGGAAAGUGAAGAUCGGUGAACAUCAGCUGACGGGCCAUAAAGUUGCAGUAAAGAUCCUAAACAGACAGAAGAUCCGCAGCCUCGAUGUCGUCGGGAAAAUCAAACGAGAGAUUCAGAAUCUCAAACUGUUCAGACACCCACACAUCAUCAAACUGUACCAGGUGAUAAGCACACCCACAGAUUUCUUCAUGGUCAUGGAGUACGUGUCAGGAGGGGAACUGUUUGACUAUAUCUGCAAACAUGGACGGGUGGAGGACACAGAAGCUCGCCGUCUCUUCCAGCAGAUUAUCUCAGCUGUGGACUACUGCCACCGACACAUGGUGGUCCACAGAGACCUCAAACCUGAGAACGUCCUGCUGGACGCCAGCAAGAAUGCCAAAAUCGCAGACUUCGGUCUGUCUAACAUGAUGUCAGAUGGAGAGUUUCUACGUACGAGCUGCGGCUCACCGAACUACGCUGCUCCAGAGGUCAUCUCAGGAAGGCUGUAUGCCGGUCCAGAGGUGGACAUCUGGAGCUGUGGGGUGAUCCUGUAUGCUUUGCUGUGUGGCACUCUGCCCUUCGAUGACGAACACGUCCCCACGCUGUUUAAGAAGAUCAGAGGAGGAGUCUUCUACAUCCCUGAGUACCUGAACCGCUCUGUGGCCUCUCUGCUCAUGUUCAUGCUGCAGGUGGACCCUUUGAAGAGGGCCACCAUCAAAGACAUCAGGGAGGAUGAGUGGUUCAAGCAGGACCUGCCAGGCUACCUAUUUCCUGAGGACCCCUCGUAUGAUGCCACAGUCCUGGACGAGGAGGCAGUCAAAGAAGUGUGUGAAAAGUUUGAAUGCACAGAGUCAGAGGUCAUGUCCAGUCUCUACAGCGGGGAUCCACAGGAUCAGCUAGCAGUCGCCUACCACCUCAUUAUUGACAAUCGGCGCAUCAUGACUCAGGCCAGCGAGUUCUACCUGGCCUCCAGUCCUCCUCAGGGCUCCUUCAUCGAAGAGGGCAUGCCGCUGCCCCCCGGGGUCAAACCCCACCCAGAGAGGAUGCCCCCGCUCCUGGCCGACAGCCCAAAGUCUCGCUGUCCUCUGGAUGCUCUGAACACCACCCGACCCAAACCGCUGGCUGUGAAGAAGGCCAAGUGGCACCUGGGCAUCAGGAGUCAGAGCAGACCCUACGACAUCAUGGCUGAGGUGUACAGAGCCAUGAGACAGCUCAGCUUUGACUGGAAGGUUGUGAACCCGUACCAUCUGAGAGUGCGGAGGAAGAAUCCAGUGACAGGAAACCUGGUGAAAAUGAGCCUGCAGCUUUACCAGGUGGACAACAGAUCCUACCUCCUCGACUUCAAGAGCAUCGAUGAUGACAUCAUCGAGGCUGUGGGCUUUAAAUCGGGGUCGUCCACUCCUCAGCGGUCGGGCUCCACAGCCGGCCUCCUCAGACCCAGACUGAGCAUCGACUCGUCCAGCCCGGCGUUGGACCUGCCCACACUCAGCUCCUCCCUGCCCGGGUCUCUGUCUGGGAGCUCCCCUCAGCUCACACCGCGACAGGGAUCACACACCAUGGACUUCUUUGAAAUGUGUGCCAGUCUGAUCACCACACUGGCUCGCUGACACACUCCUGACCUCACUGUAACCUGAUGUCUGAGGGGGUUUCGGCCUCUGUCUGAUCUGGAAUGAAGGAGCGAAGAUGUUGAGAAUGACUUCCUCUCUCUGUCUUCUUUUCGUCUCUGAUUCGGUCGUAUUGAACUGGAGGGAUGAACAGAAACGUCAAAGUACCGCUUAUCACUUCAGAUUAACGGAGACACAGAGAAGAAGCCUUUCUCACAGAGGCAGAUCAACAGCUUCUUUUUCCUCGUUUUGACACAGUCCCUCGGGUUUACACAUCAGGCUGCAGCUUGUGAAAACUGAUCCUGGGGCUUGAAAUUUGGGAACCAGAAAAGUUAGAAGCUAGAGCUCAAAGUUCACAUUCAUGUGGGAGUCAGCGGUCAAGGUCAAGUUCACUGUCACUCCUCCCUUGAAUACCUUCAAUCUGUUACCACUGCUGAAGUAUCAACACCAAACGUCACAUGUAAAAGUCAGUGUGUAAGAUUUAGUGAAUAAAAUGGGUUCAUAAUUAUGUUUUUAUUUAUAUUUUAUCACCUGAAAAUAUAAUAUUUUUCUGUCAGCAGAGCAUCCACAGACUCUGCUUUGAUGAAAUGUAAUGUUGCAGGCAAAGAGCGAGUCUGCAGGUUAGAAAGUGAAAGGUGAAGGGAGUGGUGAUCAUCUGGUUGCUACUAGUGCCGGGCCAUCAGUAGAUUUUAUUGGAGAAUUAGCAUUAAUGGAUUCAUUAUUUUAUUUAACUCGGGCUCCCCUGAAAGUUGAAGAAACAUAUCAGUUGAGAACCCUGUUAGUCCUAACAGCUACAUUUAUUUUAUUUUUUAGGCUUGGAUUAUUUGUUAAAAGUUCCCGAGAUAUGUACCAGGAGCAAUAUUAUCCAAAGAUGUCAAAAACUCUUCUAUAUGAACAGAAAUAAUGUAGAUGUGAUUCAACGACACUGAUGCCUGUUUUGAAACAACAAACGUAGAAGUCAUAGCCACAAUAUUUUGGGUACUUUCUUUUUGUUAUGACCAAAACAAAGAGACUCUGUGGUUCAAAUUUAUCACAGUGUUCCUCAGGCUACAGAGAGGCUGCAAGCCGAGCUGCUCCUUGUUUUUGUUAAUUUUCUUUCUCUGAUGGCUCAUCUGAGAAUAUCGUUUUAAGUGACAGAGAAGUAAAUUAAACACAAAGAGAGAAAUCAGCCUGAAAGGAUUUAAUGCCAUGUCAACACCAGAUGUGUUUUCAAAAGUCUGACUUUAUUUGUAUAGUGCCCAGCCGUAGUUGCAAUCACAACCUCACCACUAGAUGUCACUAAGUCUUACACACUGCUCCUUUAACGACGGGAAAUCUGAGUUUUCCUCAGAUCAGAGGUCAGAGUUACUAUUCACUAUCAAACUUUAUCUGUGGGAAGGUCAACAUGUACAAUUUGAUUUCAGGUUUUAUAUUCUAUAUAGUUUGUAAAGAAACAGCUUUUGUUAUCCAUGUGUAUUCUAUUUAUAUUACAAUCAUGUUACGUAGCUGAAGAGGUUGACAAAGAGAUACCAAAAAAAAGAGACUUUAUACACCACUAUUAAGAUUAUUACUUAGAGAUCAGAGCCAUAUUUAUUUUUCAGAGAUGAUUUUGUAGGCACUGCAGUGAUUUUAUGAUUUAAACACUGCAUUAACAGAGUUUAAUUUGAGUUUUUAUAGAUAGUAGAAGAAUAAAGGAGAUCGAGAAUGCAGGACAAUAAAGACUGUGUCCUGUUUGUAGUGAUGAAGCAGAAAUACACACCGUCUCACAUGAGUGUUUACAAAUAUCCCAUCAUCCCUGCAUACCUUACAUAUCUUCUUAACGUUGUUUUAUUAAAUCAGUAACAUCGAGUCAGAGAUAUGCAACUCAUUCACUCCUUCAUUAAAGACUGAAGCAACUGUAAAGAAGCUGCUCUCAGUCUGCUAUAUAUGCAGUAACCUUUUUAUUAUCGCCAUAAGCCUUUAACAUUUGGAGGAUGUUUAUUAUCGUUUAGAGCCUCAUGUGAACACUUAAAACCCUGUUUAUUUAAUAUUUUAAUUUCUAUAUAAAAGCAAGCAAACCUAAAGUAAAAGUAAGAAGGAAGUGAAUGGAACAACAAACUAUUCGACAAGUCAAUCAAUGAAAAAGAAAAAUCAAACAACAAAAAUAAUGAUUCCUGUUUCAACAGAAAUAGAAGUCCAGUCCUCGAUAUUGGGUCAUUUCUUAUUUUUAAUGAUGAAAAAUGUCAGGCAAAUGCAAACAACAUUAACAGAGAGGAGUUUGUCUGAAAUGUUUGAUGGAUGUACUCCUCUCUAUCUUAUGAAAUAGAUGGUUUUUUUUCAAAGUUUCAUUAUAUUUCUAUUCGAUCGAUCAAAAAAUUAACCGAUUGUAUACAUUUAAAACUCCUGGUAUUGAAAAGAAUCCAUGAAUAGAUUAUUUGGACAAGCUUACUUGUAAUGCACUCGAUAUGAGAACAGAGGAGAUGCUGCUUUCAUAUAGAGCUGAAACAAUUCAUGGAUUCAUCCGUCAAAAAGAAAAUGAAUCACUAAGAUUUUAAGGAUCCACAAAUUGUUUCAGGGAUUUUUAAGCACAAAUGUUAAUUAUAAAUGGUUCUUGCUUCUGUAAUGUGACAACUUUUUGCUUUUCUGAGUCAUUCAUGACGCUAAACGAAAAGUUAGACAAAGGAAGCAACUUGAAGAUGUUACAUUAGUCUCUGACUUUAAUUAACUCAGUGUUUUAAUAUUUCACAACCUACACAGUCAAAAGUUGAAUCCUAAAAACAACCUGCAGAUUCAGUGUCAGCUCUUGUUUCCUGUGGGACGGUGUGUAUCUGCUGCAGGACACUUAAAGCCUCAGAAACCUUCCUCCAAUUGCCUUAAAGACUGCGACUCAGUCGUUUUGUGCAGGUGUUUAUGAAGAGUGUGUGCAUGAGCCGCUGUGUGUCUCAGAGUGUGUCACAGAGUGUGUCACAGGAUUUUUAAUGUUUCUGGUUUGUCGGGGGGGGGGGAGAUCUUUGACGGUGGAGAAGUGGGUAGGAUGUGAUUCUCUGGGUUUUGAAACUUGUUGUCUGCGUUCAGUCUGCACUUUAAAACUCAUUUUCUGCUCCGGCAGUUUUUCAGAUUUUCUCUUUUCUGCAUCACAGUCUGUGUGAGAAACACAAACGUUACUGUAGCGGCCUCUGCUCCUACGUCGUGCUAUGACUUUAUAAAUGUUCUACACUCCUGUCACAUCAAACCAGAGCUGGGUGGUGCAUGGCUGCUGGUGAGUUUUGAUGAGUUUUUCUGACUGAAUGUGAAGUGGAAGCUGCUGCUGCCGGGUUCUGUUCUCUCUGUUUUAAAGCAGAGCGAUGGACUGUUGUCUUUUUUUCAUUCUUUCAGUGAAACACAGAAGCUGGACGGGGAGUUGGUUCUCCACUUUAGACUGGUGAUGCAAAAAGAAAACCCCAACAUGGCCAAAAUGAAAUAUGUUCAGUAUUCUCAUUACGUUCACCUUUAAUUCAUGCCAGUUGAGCUGAAAGUGAUUUUUCAGAAGCCUUUCGGAAGUGUGCUGGGCUUGUCUGGCAAAGCUCUAAGUCCGUGUAAGAUGCACAUUCACCCAAAAUUACCUUUUCUAUUGAAGUACAUACACUGUAAAAUAAUAGCCUUUAUUAAAUUAUAUAUCUUGGUGCCAAGAUUGUAAAGCUAUCUGGAAGUUCUGAUUCAUUUAGUUGAAUAUUUUUGGCUUGUUGCAGCGCUCUGCAAGUUUUGAGCGUGAUUCUGUGUCCGUCGAUGUGCACAGAUCUCCUGAAAGAGUCAUAAAGCGAAACGGGGAUUUGUGGCUUAAAACGCAGCAUGAACAAACAACUUAUAUGA